AGAUACUUGGCAUCCUCCCUCAUGUCAAGCUAACAUCAUACCAUGGCAGAAGCUCAGCCGGAAACCCAGCCCUUGCUGGCUCAUGAAGAUGUCGUCGUUUGGCCCAUAAUUCAUAUGAUCCGCGGGGACGUCAUACACUACAUAGAUACGCCCCUGACCCUCGAGGCAUUGACUGGACCUGAUUUGACAUACACUCUCAUUCGUCCCCUAGAGGAGAAAUACAACGCGAUCCAGCGGGCUGGAAACAAAUCCGUCGUGUUUUGUUUCCUUCUCAACCGUGUCUACUUUAUACGUGACCAGAAGAACUUGACCACGGGGCCGCUGUCCUCAUCUCGCGCCAUGCUAUGCGAGAUACUUGCUAUUCGUUGCCUGAGAGACAACGGAAGCAGUAUGAUGAAUAUGGCACUUGUGCUGACGACUAAAUGGCAAGUCUGGUCAGGUGCUGACCCUCAUAUCGUUGAAAUGGCGAGGGAGGAACGCGAUGACGAUCUCGAGGAGCGUAUUGGCAAUGCAAUUGAAAUGGCCAUCAUCUGCAAGGCGCGGCGCUUCAUCAAAAGCUCCCCAUGUCAAAAAGUUAUUGAUGCCAUCUGGAUCGGGAAAUGUGUAUACCAGGCAGAAAGUAGUCAUUCAAUAUUGUCCGAUACGUACAAACACAAGCCCAUUCAUUUUUAUGAUCCACACAAGGCACCCUUAUUGGACCAUUACCGACUCAAAGUCCCUGCUAUCCGCUCUGUCUUGGACUACUUCAACUUCAUCGUCUUAUUCGUCCUCUUUGUGGUCGCUAUUGAAUUAAACGAACCCUCAAAAAUCAACAUCCCUGAAACAUUGUUUAUGAUAUAUGGCCUUGGCUUCUCGCUAGAAAAGCUUGCAACCAUGCAGGAGCAUGGAAUCACAGUAUAUUUUAAGGGCACUUGGAAUGGGUUCGACCUAUCACUCGUGACAACAUACUGUGUAUACGCAUUCUUCAGAUUGUACGGUGUGUACGGGCACAAACAUUGGGCCCAGGACCUUGGAAUUGACUUCCUAGCUGUUAUCGCAUCCUUAAUGUUCCCAAGGCUCGCCUUCGUCACACUCAAAAAUAACUUGAUGGUUUUAUCGCUACGGGCGAUGAUAAUGCAGUUUGUUGCUCUAAUGCUGAUAGCCGCGUUCUGUUUUUGUGGGUUCCUGUAUGCUCUUUGGACGUUGAGCCGGAAUCACGCCCGGUAUUCAGCAGGGACAAUUGCGUGGUGGAUGCUUGACUUGUGGUUCGGUCUCGAUGCCAGUGGCUUUGACAAAGCCUUUGAAUUCGACUUUGUGUUCGGACCUAUACUUAUGAUCACUUAUGCAUGUCUGAGCAAUACACUAUUACUGACUGUCCUUGUAUCUAUUCUGUCAAAUACCUUCGCGAGGAUCAACGAGGACGCCGCAGCUGAGGCAAUGUUCAGAAGGGCCGUAUCGACGAUUGAAGGUGUCAAGGCCGACUCGUUAUUCUCAUACCAGCCUCCGGUAAACCUACUGGCUCUUUGCAUUCUACUUCCUUCAAGCUAUGUGCUGUCACCGAGGUGGUUCCACAAGGUCAACGUUUUCAUGAUCAGAGCCACGAACUUCCCGAUCCUGCUCAUGAUUGCUUGGUAUGAACGCCAAUCGAAGAAGAAUGGCUCGAAUGGGUUUUAUGAAACUAUCACUUCUGCGGCGGAGAAGGUUUUGCCACGUCCUUUGAAGCGGAUGUCCCUCUUCGAGGGUUUGGUGGGUUCAGGGAGCACUAUUGACGUCAUUUUUGAAAUGGAAGAAGAAAUGGAUAAUAGCGCAUUGGAUACCCGGGACUAUGGUGAACUUCCCCCAGCGGGUGCGGCGGCUCAAAGGCGUCAAUCUCGAAAGUCAGACCACUGGACUUCGCUUCAUCCUAGUCGCUCUCUCAAGGAACCGCAAUCCCAGCUACAACCUCCGCCUCGAUCACAACCCGAACUGCCAUCAACACACGCCCAGCCGCCAUUACCACAACAGCCCGGACCUUUAACACACCAGGCAUCCCAGUCAUCUGGUGCCUCUGCUCUCCGUCGACGUGUCAACUCACAAAUAAGUCGCGCCGAAAUGACGCAAAGCAUCAGUCCACUCGCACAGGUCUUCCAACCUUUAAUCAUGGACGAUGAAGAUGAUGCCUCGAAGAAGGGAGUUCCGCAGUCUACUCCAGCACCCCUCAUUAGCUAUGGCCCGGCCAGCCGCCGUAGGCUGGCGUCAAUGCGAUCUGUGAGGCGUCCGGCCGAUUCCCCUAAUCCGAUACCUAUCGCUCAGCGGAGACCUCCUUGGCCGGUGAUUAAUACGCGUCAAGAAAUACUCGAUGGUCCUGGACCGCUCUCUGCCAGCCUGCAGGAGAGCAUUCAUCCGGAAACCGCUGAAGAGGCCGAGGAGGACAGCUUUGAGGAUGGAAGUAUGGUUCGAUGGGUCGAGCGCAUGAAUCGGAUGGAGGAUAGGCAGAAACGCAUAGAGGAUAUGCUCUUGGAGCUGGUUGGACGUGCCCAGCGAGCAUAGACGCAUCGAUGGGUGGUCAAACUUGUUACGUUGAACAAGAAGCUGGCAAUUGUCAUCCACAAUGAGACUAGUGAUUCAAUGAUCAUAUCAGGGCUGUUGUCGAAUAAGCAAAAUUGGGUACCAUAAUAUGCAACCCGGUCCCAUGAAAUAUAUGUUAGACAAACUGUGUUGCACCAUUCUGUGUUGCAGCAAUCUAAAAUUAUUGCCUGGUCCAGUGCCUCGGGUAACUAAAUUAUAAUGACG